AAUCCUUUUGGCACACCGGCACACAAACCACCACCAGAGCAAGAGAACAGCGAGAGCGGAGAAGCGAGAUGGUAUAGCGACUGGAAAUGGAGAAGUCCGUUCAGUAGUGAUACGACCUUGGACGAAGACCGGGCUGUCUUGCCACCGUUGAAGGAACGACCGCCCGUCUACACAUACUACGACAGUUCGGAUAGAAGGAAAGAUGAGAAGAGCAAGCGGGCGGAGCUUGAAUUGUUGUUGAUAUGGCGUAGAGCGUGGUGGGCUCAAGGAUUUCGGCCGGUCAUAUUGAGCAAGAGCGAAGCUAUAAACAAUCCGCUGUAUCAGACAGUGCAGGGCACAGAUUUACACGCUGGACUGGAGCAUGAACUUUUUCGAUGGCUUGCUUGGGGAAAUAUGGGCACAGGUAUCUUGGCCAAUUUUCUCGCUCUGCCUAUGGCUUCGUACAAUGAUCCUCUUCUGUCUUUCCUUCGCCGUGGCGAGUACCCGACUCUUGCUAGCUAUGAGGGACUUGGAAGUGGACUGUAUGUUGGCACGAAGGAAGAAGUUGCGGCCGCUUUGAAAGAGGCCAUCGGAUCGCCAGCGUUCAAGAGUGCGAAACAUUUGGAUCAAGCUCUGGGCGCUGGCACAGUCAAGGUUGAGAGCAACCCCGGGUCGAUUGCGUUCUACGGGAUAGCGACUUUGAAGGAAAAGUACGAGCCGAUCAAGGCGUUGCUGGACGCGGAGCACAUUGGCGAGGCGAUGGAAUUACUGCCAGACUUGAUCAACAGCCACCUACAUCUCACAUGGCAGAAUCUGUUUCCAAAGGGCAUCGCGGUACUGAAACCGAUUCCAGAGAGCACCACCGCUCUCAUCGAACCUGCGAUUGAGAUUGCACGAAAUCUAUCCCAAUGCCCGCUCAGCUCGAUCCCAACUUCAUGCCCGCCGAACAAUCCAAAGUGCAGACCAUGCGUUGCGAAUCAAGUGCUCAUCAGCACUCCCAAGGUGUUCCGAAACGACAGCUCGCUGUUCACGAUUGGUACUGUGCCGCAUCCAUACACCAUCCAAAGUCUGGUAAGACAGAUAGAUAGCAAGGCCAUGAAUGUGCGCUUCAUUCGCCGCGAAACGAAACGAGAUAUCUGGAUCCAGGCCGCCACGAAAGAGCUGCUCGGAACCGGCCUCUCCGCUUUUGCUCGAUUGUCGCCUUUCAAGAAUGCUGUCGCAUCUGAUUUCGGCAGCGCAUGCUCUCUAUGGCUCACCGCGGAGCACCCUCCCGACAUGAAGAAUGAGCAAGACGCUGCAGAGCUGGAUUGGGUGUUUGGCUUUCGCAUCCCACGCGAGACGAUACCAUCUGGCAAGAGCGAAACACCAGUCCCAGGCCCUGAAAGGAGACCUCCACCUCCAAAGGCGGAAUUUGGUGACGGUCCUGUACCGACCAAGGGCGACCUGCAACAAGAGCGUACGCUUUAUGAAAAAGCCAAGGCUGGCCUCAGGGAUGGGGCGAAACCGGGUGUCAAGCUCGCUGAGGGCAUCAAGGCUGCCAUUGAAGCGUGGAAUGUGGCAGAUACUGAGGCGUGGAAGUUCGUCCGGGCGUACGAUGCGCGGAGACGGAUGGAGAGACGACAGUGGCAAAAGGAGGAGUCAGCGUUCACUGGC